AUGGGCGCCGGCAACUCCAAGCCUGAGGCUUCGGCCGGCUCGAAACAUGUUUUCUCGAGCAACUCCCCCGUUCAAUUCUCCUCGAACCUCGUCGAGGCCCUCCAGACCAGCUCCGAGACCGACUCCUCCCGCGCAAAGACCCUCGAACUCCAGAUUCAAGAGCGCGUAGCCAAGGAACUCGAACGCCUCCGCGAACGCGAGCAGAAGACACUGGCAGACAUCGAACAGCGCCUGGCCGAAGUCAAAGACACCGCCGCUACCGCUACCGCUACCUCCACACCAAACAUCAGCCACACCCCCGGCUCUCUGGACCUGGACGCUCCCCGAAUCCCCUUCGCUGGUCGGGAGUACACCCCCGUUGCUGCGCCGGUGGACCGUCCGAUUAACCGUGAUCUAACGCGGACCGCAGUGCAGACCGAGAUCGAUCAGCUGCGGGAGAAGCUCGAUGGACGGAAGAAGCUUAUUGAGGUUGGUGAGAAUGUUGAGCGGGCGAGAUCGGAUGUCGCCAGCUGUUUGCGGUUGAACGACCGGCGGCCUCUGGACUGCUGGAAGGAGGUUGAGGGGUUCAAGCGGGAGGUUGCUAAGCUCGAGGAGACUUUUGUGGACCGUGUCGUUGGUUAG